CCGAUACUUUCCCUUGACACCAAGGCUUCAGAGACUGUUCAUGUCUCCAUAUCAUGCCAAAGAUAUGACAUGGCAUCAUUUUCAUACGUCAGAUAAUGGGGUUAUGGUGCACCCAUCUGAUGGGGAGGCAUGGAAGGAGUUUAAUCGUGUCCACUUAAGCUUUGCAUCAGAUCCGAGAAAUGUUCGGUUAGGGUUAUGCACUGAUGGGUUUUGUCCAUUUGACAUGUCUUCAAAUACAUACUCUUGUUGGCCAGUAAUUGUUACUGUUUAUAAUUUGCCUCCGUGGAAGUGCAUGACUAGACCAUUCAUGUUUUUGACAAUGAUGAUUCCUGGGCCAAAGAAUCCAGGGAAAAAGCUUGAUAUUUUCUUAAGGCCUUUAAUUGAUGAGUUAAAGAAUUUAUGUCAAUCUGAUAAGUUUUUGAAAGGAGUAAUUGAAAGGCUCCCUCCUUUACCUCGUCCAUCUGGUUUGGAAAUGUUAAAUGAAGUGUCCAAGUAUACUGAGGGACAUAAUGGAAGUUCAUCAUGUAAUGAUAAAAUUCCUGGCUUUGGUGUUAAACACAAUUGGGUGAAGAAGAGCAUUUUCUGGGAGCUUCCAUAUUGGCAUACAAAUUUGAUUCGUCAUAAUCUUGAUGUCAUGCAUAUUGAGAAAAAUGUCUUCGACAAUAUUUUUUAUACAGUAAUGGAUUGUCCUAAUAGAAGUAAGGAUAAUUUAAAGGCUAGGUUGGACAUUCAAUUAUAUUGUAAGAAGCCAAAUCUGCAUUUGCAACAAGAUAUGAGUGGUCGGGUUUACAAACCUAAAGGCACUUAUUGUCUACACAAGAAACAACAACAAGAAGUUUUGUCAUGGAUGAAGGAAUUAUCAUUUCCUGAUGGUUAUGCUUCAAACAUUUCACGAUGUGUGAAAGAGGCACAAUGUAAGAUUUUGAAGAUAAAGAGCCAUGAUUGUCAUGUCUUCAUUCAAAGACUUCUUCCAACUGCUUUCCGACCUUACUUACCUAGGCCACUAUGGGAGGCAUUAACUGAACUGUCUGUAUUUUUUCGAGAUAUUUGUACAACAAAUUUAAAUGCCCAGCAUAUGGAGUUAAUGCAGAUGAAUAUAAUUGAAAUAAUGUGCAAACUUGAAAGGAUUUUUCCUCCAUCCUUCUUUGACUCCAUGGAACACUUGAUGAUACAUCUACCUUAUGAGGCAAAAGUUGGUGGACCAAAGAAAGUGACCAAUAAAGCUAAAGUUGAGGGUUCCAUAUGUGAAGCAUACUUGAUUGAUGAAAUCACCAAUUUUGCAUCUCAUUAUUUUGGUGAUGACGUGCAAACAAUUUGGAAUCGAGUUCCACGGAAUGAUGAUGGUGGCCUUAACAUUUCAUCAAAAAAUAUGGCUGAAGAAGAUAAUCAAUCACUUCAUAAUGAAAAUAAUGAGAAUAACCGUGCUAGAACACUUAGAGACCACAUGAAUCCCACAAGAACAAAUAGGCAAAUGGUUGAAUUGAUGUGCAAUGGAACUUUUGAAGAUAAAGACCCUGAUGAAGCAAUGGAGUACUUAGACUUGUUAGCUGAAAAUGCUCAAAAUUGGGACACCACGGGUACUUAUGAGGCACCGAGUAAAACUCAACCUCACACAUCUAGUGGAGGCAUGUACAACCUUAGGGAAGAUCAUGACCUUCAAGCCAAGUUUGCAUCUUUAGCUAGAAAAGUCGAGGCACUAGAAUUGAAAAAGAGUGAAUGUCUCCAUGAACAAGCCCAUGCUUUAAACAGUUUCCAAAGGCCCAACCACAACCCAUACUCCCAAACAUACAACCCUGGUUGGAGAAAUCACCCAAAUUUUAGUUGGAAGAGUGAGAACAACAAUGCACAAACUUCACAACCACAGUUUCAAGCACACCAUAAUUUCCAAAAUUCUCAUGGAUAUGCACCUCCUUAUGCUCCACCUCCUACAAGAAAUUUUGAGGAAACUUUGUAUGCAUUCAUUGAAAAGCAAGAGACAAUCAACACUCAACUUGCUCAAAGCAUAACAGAUUUUAAAGAUACUCUUGCAAAAUUCACAUCUGCUCUCAAUUUUCAAGAGCAAGGUAAGUUUCCAUCUAAACCACAGCAAAAUCUCAAGGAGCAAUACAAUGCAAAUGCAAGUAGUUCCAGAAGCCAACACAUGGAUCAAGUCAAAUCAGUCACUACUCUACGCAGUGGUAAGGUUAUUGAAAAACCCUCUCUUGAACCUUAUGAGAAAGAUGAUGAGUCAAUUUCUAAGGGAAAGGAAGGGGUUGAAUCUGAAAAUUGCAAAGAAACGACUGAUUCUCCGCCAGCACUUCCAUUUUCUCAUGCCAUGACCAAUCAGGAA